GUUGGGACAUUCCUGAAAAAUGCUUGGCACAAAGAACCGGUCUUAACUGUCUCUGCAGGCAUCGGUGCUCUUGUACUUCCCAUUGUCAGUCCAUAUACAAAGUAUUCUUCGAUGUACAACAAAGCUAUUCCAUACACAUAUCCAGCUUUGUUUUAA